GGCCAGCACUGCGAGACAUGAAGGCGCAGUGGAGCAGUGCGAUUCCCGAGUACACCAACAGUUGGGUGGAGGGCGCAGAGUGCAGGACCAUACGCGGCAUCGCUUGCGACGCAGAUGGCUACGUGACGAGAUUACAGUUACGCAGCAGUUAUCUGGAGGGCACUUUUCCUCAACGCAUCACCGACUUAACCAGACUAGUCUACCUCUAUUUAGACACGAACUUGCUCUCGGGCCCUCUCCCAGCCACUAUAUCCAAACUCGUGUCUUUAGUGGAAUUAGGCGCCUAUUCCAACCAGCUCAGUGGGCCCCUGCCUGAGGGCAUCGGCGCUCUCACUGCCCUGGAGAAAUUAUAUUUGUAUUCUAACCAGUUGGAAGGGCCCCUCCCCACAUCCUUCACCCAGCUGACCGCUCUAACCGCUUGUGAACUGAGCAACAACCGUCUCACGGGAUCUCUACCAGAAGAGAUUGGAAGCAUCUCCAAUCUGGUAAACCUGCGUGCCAACGAUAACCUCAUAUCAGGCCCCCUGCCUACCUCUCUAAGAGCCAUGACUUCUCUCGCCAACCUGGAGAUGCAGAACAACAACCUGAGUGGGCCCUUUCCUUCCCAACUGGCAACUGUUAGAUCACUUAUCAAUCUUCGGUUGCAGAACAACGCAUUCAGUGGCCCCCUUCCGGACCAGUGGGCAACUACCAAGAUUAUGGAGCUUGAUAUCAGUCAGAAUCAGCUGUCUGGCACGAUUCCCUUAGCGAUUGGAGGCCUCUUCCAGCUGCGCACAUUUGACCUCAAUCACAACCAGCUGUCUGGCACGAUACCGGACGAUAUCACAGGCUUGGUCUACCUCACACUGCUGGACCUGAGCUCAAACCGUCUUAGUGGCACCAUACCCCAAGGACUUGCGACUCGUAACAGUCUGGAAGUUCUCAACCUGAGGGACAAUCUGCUCACAGGGAAGGUCCUCGAGCCCGUGCCACCUAACCUGUGGAUCUACAAGCUGGACAACAACUACUUGAGUGAGGGGUUUUCCUCCCCCCCUCCAUGCGAGCAAGGCUACAUCACAUACCACAGCAACUGUGCAGACGUGCCAGCAGAGGGCCUUGCCUGUGCCGCGGACGAGACUCAGCGGGCUGAGGACGUGUGCGCUGCCUUCUGCGGUGUCUCUUCCACUUCACCCGCCUGCAACGGCCAUGGCGUGUGCUUCUUGGACGGCCCCAGCAACACGCCCACAUGCCUCUGUGACGACAACUUCGUGAUUGGGGAGUUUCCUGGCAGCUGCGUGCCCGUGGCAGGUGGUAAGACGGAGCAGCAGCAGACUCCCACAGCAGCCACGCUCACAGCCACUGGAGACGCCUCAGUGGAUGCUGCAACAGCCACGCUCACUCUCACGCCCGCCCAGCCGUCCAAGGCUGGCAGUGUGUUCCUGGCAGCGCGCGUGCCGCUCUUCUCCUACCAGCUCAUCGGGGACUCCUGCGGCCGCCAGCUCGCCUUCUCCUCCUCCUUCUCCUUCACUCUCACCCGCCCUGCUGCCUCUGGCUCCGAAGGCUUUGCCUUUGUGGUGGCCUUUGAUGCCACCCCGCCCACAACACCGGUGGCGGGCGGCAUGGGGUAUGCGGGGAUGGGAGCGCGCAGCGUGGCAGUGGAGUUUGACACGUCGAUGGAUGCGGGCAACAGCGACCCUGACAGCAACCACGUGGGCAUCAACACCGGCGGCAAUGCCACGUCGGUGGUCACAGCCAAGCCUAGCACCCCUCUCAAUGACGGCACGCCCAAGCACGUGUGGAUCGACUACGACCCUUCCUCCAGUGGCUCCCUGCGCGUCUUCCUCUCCUCCCAGGCGUCCCCUCGCCCCACCACCCCCCUCCUGUCGGCACGCAUCUCCCUGUGUGAGGAGCUCGCCCCCUCCCCAUCGGAGUACACCUUUGCCAUCGGCUUCACAGCUGCCUCCGCCACCCAGGCUCAAAGCCAUGUCGUCUCCGCCUGGACCCUCUCUACAAAUUUUCCCAUACAGCCAACUCCAGUUGCAGCGCGGGGCUUUACCUUCAGCGAGGCGGCGCUCUCUCUGUCGGGGAUGAAUCUCUUCUUCCGCUAUGCCAGCUCGGGCAGUGUUGCUGCUGAGGGUGGCAAUGACGUGUAUGGCGUGCGCCCUGCCACUUCAUGGGUCGGUCCAAACUUCAAAUGGCCUGUCAGGACACAGAGCGCUUGCGGCGACUGCUGGGCGUACGCAGUGGUGGGCAGCAUCGAGGCAGCAUACAGCAUUCUGGCCAACACCUCAGCCGUGCAGCCGCUAUCAGUGGAGCAGCUGAAGGCCGCCAUGAAGGUCGGCUGCUCUGGCAGCACGCCCUCUCAGGCCUUCCAGCUGCUGCUCAAGCUGGCACGCAAGGGAGGUGGACUUGGGUUGGAGAGCCAGUGGCCGCCCAAGAAAGGCAAGACGCCCGCGAAGGCAGGCAGCAGCAGUCCUCUCUGCGCGCCGCUCGUGAAGUCACUGGCGAGGCUGCUUGGUGUGCCGUGUGGCAAGGGCAGCGACAACAUACGUGUGAGUGGGUAUCUGGGGGGUUGCGGAUCUCCCCUCACCAAGGGGCCGUGUUUGUAG